AUGUGUGACGACGAGGAGACUACUGCCCUGGUGUGCGACAAUGGCUCUGGCCUGGUGAAGGCUGGCUUCGCGGGUGAUGACGCGCCCCGCGCUGUCUUCCCUUCCAUCGUGGGCCGCCCUCGCCAUCAGGGAGUCAUGGUGGGUAUGGGGCAAAAGGAUUCCUACGUUGGUGACGAAGCUCAGAGCAAGCGUGGCAUCCUGACCCUGAAGUACCCCAUCGAGCACGGCAUCAUCACCAACUGGGACGACAUGGAGAAGAUCUGGCAUCACACCUUCUACAAUGAGCUCCGCGUGGCCGAGGAGCACCCCACCCUGCUCACUGAGGCCCCGCUGAACCCCAAGGCCAACCGUGAGAAGAUGACCCAGAUCAUGUUUGAGACCUUCAACGUGCCUGCCAUGUACGUGGCCAUCCAGGCCGUGCUGUCCCUGUAUGCUUCUGGCCGUACCACAGGCAUUGUGCUGGACUCUGGCGAUGGCGUCACUCACAACGUCCCCAUCUAUGAGGGCUAUGCUUUGCCCCACGCCAUCAUGCGUCUGGACCUGGCUGGACGGGAUCUCACUGACUACCUCAUGAAGAUCCUCACAGAGCGAGGCUACUCCUUCGUCACCACCGCUGAACGUGAAAUUGUCCGUGACAUUAAAGAGAAGCUGUGUUAUGUGGCCCUGGAUUUUGAGAAUGAGAUGGCCACAGCUGCCUCUUCCUCCUCCCUGGAGAAGAGCUAUGAGCUGCCCGAUGGCCAAGUCAUCACCAUUGGCAAUGAGCGCUUCCGCUGUCCUGAGACCCUCUUCCAGCCCUCCUUCAUUGGUAUGGAAUCUGCUGGCAUUCAUGAAACUACUUAUAAUAGCAUCAUGAAGUGUGACAUUGAUAUCCGUAAGGACCUGUAUGCCAACAAUGUCUUAUCUGGAGGCACCACCAUGUACCCUGGGAUUGCUGAUCGAAUGCAAAAGGAAAUCACAGCCUUGGCUCCCAGCACGAUGAAGAUCAAGAUCAUCGCUCCCCCCGAGCGUAAAUACUCGGUCUGGAUCGGUGGCUCCAUCCUGGCCUCUCUGUCCACCUUCCAGCAGAUGUGGAUCAGCAAGCAAGAGUAUGACGAGGCAGGCCCGUCCAUCGUCCACCGCAAAUGCUUCUAA